AUGCCAAAAGCACCCAAAGCUUCCUCCUCAUCGUCUCGCCAUGCCAACAGCCGAGCAUCCAACGUAGUGGUAGAUCCUACAGACCCUUCCGAAGCAAUCGCGCUCGGCAUCGAAGCGGAGGAACGCGGCGAGCGAGCUGCGUAUGGCAACAAAGCCCUUCGGAAUUAUCAGGAGGCCGCUCGUCUCUACGCUCUCGCUGUGCGGCUCGACCCGCAGGGAGAAGAGGCAGCUGAUGCGGCUUAUAAUGCCGGAAGAGUGCUGUAUCUCAUAGGCAGCGGCUUCGUCAUGCUUGAUAGAAAGGCACAGGUGCUGGAGGAGAGCGUUGCAUCUUACAAGAGGGCUGCACAUUUGGAACAGAGGGGAGGAGCGCAAGGUGCGUCCUCCUCCUCGUCGCCUAGCCCUUUCAUGCUUGACAUUGUAUCGAAUCUUGCAGCAUCCCUGCAGGCCCAGGCAGAUGCUUUAACUGGCGAGGCUGGCGAAGAUCAUACGAGCGAGGCUAGAGCGGCCGCGGUAGCGUCAGAAGCCUAUCAGCUGUACGAAAGCAUGGUAGCCAGAGAGCAAGAGACUGUACUCAAAUCUCAGCUACAAGACGAGACGUCCGCCCUGCAAGGAAGUCAGAAUGGCAUUGAAGCAGAGACUGAGUCUGCCAGUAUGGACGCAGACCAAGACGAACGGCUUGGGGCGAUAGAGCAAGAGGACAUCGGGUCGCCAUCAGCCCAGUACGCUUCCUCUCUCAUUGUGCCCUCCUCACUACUUGAGACCUACCAUUCGCUGCACAACAUUCUUCUUGAUAUUUUGCUUCCACUGGCAAAGUCCUCGGAGGAUCUAGAGCAGGUCAGAGAGCGUAUGGCGGGCAUCGUUGCUCGAGCGGAGGACUUUGUGCAGCAAUGUGAUGCGGCAUGCGGAUGGGGAGAAAGGGCGAGUCCCAAUGACGAAUGGUUACAAGGUAUCAAUCAGCUCAGUAGAGAUGCGCUGGAAGGCGAAGUGGCUGUAGCCACAAGUAGUGUAGAUCUGGCGCUCAGAGCAGCAGACGGACAAGCACUAGCUGGCCUUGGCCUUCAGAUUACAGAGCUCGCUCAAGCUCGUCUUGCCUCUUUGCAAGCGUUGCUCACACCUGCAGCCAAGGAGGCGCUGAUGACGACGGCUAGCUCAAUACCAGAGUCGCGUAGGAGGGAGUUCUACCAGAUGAGAGUCGACGAGGUCACAUCGUCUGCUGAACAAGCUAUGACACUAGCCCGGACGUUGCUACGCCUCGCUGCUGUACCGGACGCAAGUGGAGCCUCGACUACCUCAGCUGCUUCUACUCGACUGUCUUGGUCCUUGGCCAACAGCGCCUCUCAAGCCUACCUUCUAGCGCUUUCCCUUCUGGAUACUACAGGUCCUGGCGGAGCUGCUGCUGUCCUAGGUGCUCGCGCUUCAGCAAAUCCUACCACUCUACUGCGCUGUCAAGUCUUCACCGCUCUGGCCUCCCUCUGUCUGCUGCGAGGGGACCCCCAGUACGUCUCUACCAGCAAUGCUUCGCAGUCCCCAGCAGUCGUCGUCAGCUCCACCUCUCGUGCCACGAUCCGGGACAACGCCCGCAUUUACGCCCGUCGAGCUCUAGGGGAAGUUGGCCUGACUUGGGUGUACGAGCCUGCCCCACCCCGCCAGACACCCGUUGCCGCCAAGGCGCAGCUGGAUGCAGUACUCGGAGAGAUCCCGCCUGGGGGCUGGGACGCAGUGGACACAAUGGGCGAGGCGAUUCUAACGCUCGCCAGGGCCGUUUGGAGGAGAGGUCAGGGCGGGGGCGGUGCACCUGGAGAGGCAGACGCAGAGCUGGCCGUCCUCGCGGUCAAUGCAGGCCGAUUUGCCAAAGGGUCUGCCGCAGGAUGGGGAGUGGCACUUGAUGCGAGGCGCUUUGCCCAAUCGAUUGUUGAGGAAGAAGGGAGUAUGCUACCAGAGGAGGAGCGGUUUUGGGAGGAGUGGGAAGGCAAGGCGAGGGUCGGAUAA